AUAUUAACCCGACUACUUGUUUCGGUUUACAAAGAACAUAGGAAAAUAGGAAAAGUUGCGUGUCGAAUGACCUCUGUGAAAGAUGAUAAAGUCAGAAAGGCUGUAGAAGAUGAAAUUGAAGCCAUACGCUGGAUGUAUUGUCAGGAUGGAGAAUUCUUCGAAGAACAAAUUAGUGAAGGACGUCAAAUCUCUCUAAAUUUAGAUAUAAAUGGGAAAAUAUGGAACUUAAAAUUCCUGCUAUCGGAAGCUUAUCCAGAUCAACCUCCCAGAAUUAAUGUCUACAAUACAGAAUUCAGCCGAAAAGACUUAGUUGAGUUGAAUAAAAUGACAGAAGAAUAUGGACAGUCAUUAAGCGGAAGUUGCAUGAUAAUAGAUAUUGUUUCUUGGUUUCCUGAUAAACUUAUGGAAUACAAAAAACUGCAAACUUAUCAAUUAAAAGAAAUUUGCACUGAACAAAUGUACUAUAAUACCUUAUUACAGGUACAUCAUAUGAGAGCAAAGGAAAAGUAUAUAAAAAAUAUACGAACUUGGAUGAGAAACUUUGAUUUAACAGGUCGUAUACUAUUCUAUAAAAAGUUUAUAUAUAUAGUUCUUCAAGGGAAAGAUGAGAAUACAAAGAAGUUUCUAAGAGAAUAUAAAACGAAUAAUGUCGAUGUUGAUUCUAAAGGCCAACCUUGUAAGGAAAGAAUGACGAAAACCCUAAGUCAUACAGCUAUCAAAGAUAAACGCAUGGAAAAUGUGUUUGUAGAAGAGUUUACCCAAAUCGAAGAUAUGAAAAGUUUCUUUAAUGAUACAGGAUUACAAGAAUUAUGGUGCGAGCAUGUACGUAAAAGUAUUCAAUGA